AAAAACAGACUGCAGAGACAAAAAUAUGGCGGCAAUAACAGAAAAGUCGAAAGACACAAAUACGUUUCGGUUCAAAUCGUUUACAGAUCGCGUCAAUGAGAUUGACCUGCGCCACUUGGCACUCUACCACAUAGGCCAUAAAUACGAACAGCUCGAGGAGGCGGAAAAUGAAACCUACUUUCAACAAACACUGCAAAAAUGGAACGUGCUCAAUCUGACUGAGGAGUACAACGACUUUAGCAAACGUUGUCGGAAAAUUGUAACCCUGCCACAGCUGCUGCACCAAAAGGACUUUGUCAUCGAUCUGCUGCUGGAGCGCUUGGCCACAGCGACAAAUUUGUCACAGCAACCGCUGCUGGAGCUGCUCUAUGUUCUGGCACGCGAUCUUCGCGAGGAGUUUUAUGCAUAUUUUCAACGCGUGCUGGAUCGUUUGAUAUGCCUGCUCAACACACAGGAUGCCGAGCAACUGGAGUGGACGCUCAUCUGUCUUGCUCAUCUGUUCAAAACACUCAAAUCGUAUUUGAAGCGCAACAUUGGCAUCGUCUUUAAUGCAAUUCUCCCACUCUUGGAUGAGCAUCAUUAUGCAGAACAUGUGACGAACUUUGCCGUGGAAUGCUUUGCCUAUAUAGCGAGAGAUGUGCGCGACUUUCCACGUUUCCUUGCCUACGUGCUGCAGACGGUGUUGCGCGAGCAGGUCGCCAGCGUCCAUGGCUGCGGACGCCUGCUCUACGAGAUUCUGCGUGGUGUCAACGGCCAUUUCCACACAUGUGCUGGAGAUUUGCUCGCACACGUUCUUCAGCUCCUUGGCAAUGUAGACGGCAAGCAUACUGAGGCACAGACAACCCUCCUGGCAGACAUUGUGCAGCAUUGUUUUGGACUGCUGUUAAAUUUUGUGAACGCCGAUCAAAGUGUUGUUCUUUGGCAGCAGCUCUGUGUCGCUGUCUCCAAAGAGGAUCUUAGUGUGACUGCCACAGUGCAAUUGCUGGACUUAAUAUUGCCGCUAAUUGCGCACAAGGAUGGCAAAUAUAUUGCGGAAUUGUCACUGCUGGUGCCCACAAUAUUGAAGCUACUUGAUCGGCACUUGGCGGAGCCACUGCAGCAGCUAAGCACGUUGGUUAGCAGCCUCUUGCAGGCACGGCUGACGCAAUUGAGUCAACUGGAUGCCAGUUGCCUGCUGCAGAAACAGCUCCAAGUUAGCCAGGUGUCGCGCACAGUCUACGCGGGUUUCGUCCUUCAAAUGCUGGACUAUAAGCUCUUUGAGCUCCUCGUGCUGCCCCAUGUUGUUGCACACUAUGAGGAGCAUCAGGAUGCCGCUGCACUAGAGCUAUUAGCGCGCAUUGUGCAACACAAACGUCCACUGCUCGUAGAUGCCACAAGUCUCGCCAAUUGGCAGCCAUAUCCAAUGCAACUAAAACAAACUGAGACCUUUGAGCGUUUGCAGCAACAAAUACAGCGUAUUGAUGUGAAGGAGGAGCAACAACUAUUGCUAAUAGUAUUGUUACCUCAUCUGCGUGGCUUCAACAAGCAACCACUGGAGGAGAGUCUAAACUUGGCCAUACAGCAGCAGUUGGAUGAACAAGCUGACUGCCAGCUCUUGCUGCUCCUUCUGCAAACACACUCUCUGCUUAAGUUUAAGUUGCCCAAAAAGCUAAGUGCCCAACUGCAACAGACACUCCUUCCACUUGUCGAUAACGACUUGCGUGCCUUGGCCUGCCUGCAGCUAAUCCUGCUUAAGGCGUCCAAAAGCGAACUGACCGAGGACAUUUUGAAUGCUGUCUCCAAGCAGUUGAGUCAGCCGGAUCGCCAGUGUCGCCGCAUUGCUGCGCAUUGUUUGGAGCUGCUGGGCAGCAGCAGCAAGCAGCAGCCCAAUCCUUAUGGUUACUUUGCUGCUGCCUGUGGCAUUGUGCCCACCGUCCACAAUUACCGUGAGCUGCUGCUGCAACUGCAACAGCUGGAGCCGACAGCAGCGCAGUUCAAACAAUACGCCCAGUUGCCCCACUUCAAAGAGCAUGCGGUCAGUCUCUUGCUCGGUCUGCUUUACAACAACUUCAAGUUCGUGUGGGCGCCAGUGCAACAGCUACUCGCCGAAUAUGUUAAGGUCAUGACCACCGAUGAGUUCUGGCCCUUGUUCCACCAGAAGCUCUCGCUGACAGUUGCAUGCAUUUCAUCCAAGGAGGAGGCGACUCCAGUGCCACAACGCAUCUUCAGUUCGCAGGCCCUGACAUCUCUGUUGCCCCUCGAUGAGGAACAACAGGAGAUACCGCAGCAACAGGCACUUAACUAUCGUCAGCUGCUCUGGCAGUGCAUACCCAAGUUGGGCAACAUAGCCGAACUCAAGAAUAGGGAUCUGGUGAGUCUGUUCUUGCAGUUUGUGGAGCACGAGUACCGUGGCCAGCUGGAGUGCACAGAACAUACAUGGAAUCUAAACGAGAUAACAGUUGACAUGGAUGUGAAUGCCGAUAACGAUGGCGACAACAACGAAACUGUUGAGAAGUCACCAACAGCAGGGGUGCGGAAUACAAACCAGGAGCGCCAGAAGCGAAAAUCGCGCAAUUCACAAGCGAAGUUCAUUCUGCAGACCCUGCAGCUCAAGUUGGCCUGCUUCGUUAAGCAGCCAAAUCCGAAGGCUUUGCACCGGGAGGCGGAGAUGCACGAGUUCUAUCUGGAGCUGCUUGCUGGUUCGAAUGGACAGCUACAGCAGCUAGCACUGGAUUGCUUAGUCGCCUACAAGCAGCCCGCAACGCUGGUGCAGCACAAGCAGGAGCUGGCGGGGCUAAUUGAUGAUGCCAAAUUCAAGACGAUACUUACUGGCUUGGAGCUGUCCACUUUGGCUACCCAGCAGCGCGAGGAGCUGAUGCCCUUCAUACUUCGUGUGCUCUAUGGCCACCUGACCAAAGGUGGUCAACGUCAAUUAAGUGGACAGCAGCGUAAGACGCUCAUUCUGCGUUUCCUGGGCCAGUUGGAGGAGCAGGAGAUUUUCAGUUUUCUUAAAAUGGCCUUUGGUCGCUUCGAGGAGUACACAGAUCAACCGAUCGAGCUGCUGCCGGCUCAUGUACGGAUGCAGUUUGUCCCCUCUGCGGUAAUCUCUGCACGUCAACUGCAACGCAUUGUGAAUCUUCUCGAGCUCAUACGCAAGGAGUUUGCAGGCAGGCUAAGCGUAGACUUUCAACUAUAUGUGCUGAAGCUGCUGCUUCUAGCGGGCAGCGUUUCCCAACAGGUGCUCAAAGCCACUGCCCACCACGUGGAGGCUGCCUAUAAGAAUGUCCGGCAUGGAGCACUACAAACGCUGGUCAACUACUUUAGCCAGCUGUUGGACAUGUCGGAGUUGUGGCAAUCGGCACAGCUGCAGGCUAUUUGUGAGGUGUUUGUCUGGCCUGGAUUGGAACGAUUAUCGCAGGACUCCAUACAUGCGCCGACGCCACUGCUAAAGCUGCUUCUACUCUGGGGUGGUGAGGCGUCCUAUCAGUGUUGGCUGCAGCAGCGUCCCACGCCUGAUUCGCCGCCCAUCAUGCACCAUCUGAUGGCUCUGCUGAUGAACGACAAGGCAAAGUCUGUGGUGCGUCGUGCACUGCUCCAGUUGGUGGAACAACUACUCGAGAGUGCGAGCUCGGAGGAGGCCCACGGCCCAGUUGCUCUGGCCAUUUUACAGCCUUAUAUACCGGAUGUGCUGCAGCUGAUGCAGGCCAGCUGGCGUCACAAGCGUGCUGGCAAACAAACACUGGACAAGCGGGAGUUGAACAUCCUGAGCCUUCUCACAGUGCAUGUGCAUCAGUCGGACACGUGUGAACUGCUACUGCAAACGCUACUGCCCAUCUUCAACAAACAGGCGGCUAGUGCGGGACCCGAGACAGUACUCCAGUUAAUCACAACGCUAUCCAAUCUCUGUCAGCGUGUGCCCGCUCCACACAGCUAUGUGCGCCAGCUGGCUCCGUUCUUCGAGCAGGUUCACGUGCUGCCAGCCCGCAAGUUGCUCUGCGAAAUGCUCGCCGAGAUGGCAAAGCGACUGCACAAGCAGGCCAAGGAGCAACCGAAUCUCUCCGCCGCUUCAGCAUCACUACGGGAUUGGGCUCGCUUUGUGCUGCAGCUGAAUGCGUGGGACAAGCGCUGGUUGGAACAACCCGACUACGACAAGCGUCUACAGGCGCUCACCGAACUGAAACAGAUGCUCGAGCACAAGGAGGAUGACAGUCGUCAGUCUGUCAUUGAUCUGGAACUGGGCUUGCUGGUCACCUAUAACUGUUUCUACAUGCUGCGGCAUGUCUCUGACCUGGGCAUGCGUGUCAAUAUUGGUGAGUUGCUCAAGCUGCUGCUCCCACAGCUCACCCAGCAGCUGACGCGACAGUCCGAUGAGCUUCACUUUUGGCUGGAUGAUUCAUUGCUCCCGUUGCUGCAGCGCUGCCUGCGCGAUGAGCGUCACGAGCACGCUAGGAAUGAAGCUAUCGGCCUGCUCGGAGAACUGGCUCGCCAGUGUCCCGAUGCUCAUGAGAUUCUGCGUGAUCUCGCACCGCUAUGCGACUCCCAUGAUGCGGAUAUCGAUUUCUUUGAGAACAUGCUGCACUUGCAGACACAGCGUCAUGGACGUGGACUCCAACGUCUGGUCAAUAUUGCUGGUGGUGCCAGCUGGCGGCAAACAUGCCCUACUCCCCGUACCCUCACGCAGUACCUGAUGCCGCUAACCACGAGGUAUCUGCUGAGUGAGAAGCAUGCCGGGAAGCAUACACUGGUGGAUGUGGCCAUCGAGUCAGUAGGCGUCAUGUGUGAGCUGCUUCCCUGGCAACAAUACCAUGCCGUGCUCCGGCAUUACCUUCAGCGACUCCGACUCGCACAUGGUCAGCAGAAACAGUGCGUCCGCUUGGUAGUCCGCAUCCUGGACGCCUUCCACUUUGAUCUGACCAAUGCCGAUGGCAAUCUUCAGGCACAACUCAAGCAGAUGAUUACAGAUACGCAGAAGGCGGAGCCAACGACAGCGACUGAGGAGCAAAACGAUGAGGAUUCUGAGGUUAAGGAUAUCAAAGAGGAGCUGCCCGUAGACAGCACACUCAUUGACUUCGAGGAAGAGCAGGCGGAGGAUGAGGAACCAUUGAAGCAGCAGAAACUUUCUCAAGCUCUGGCGCCCAAUGCAGCCAAACGCGUCAUGGCCACCAUUACCAGCGUUCUGUUGCCCACUCUCAAUCGGGCCAUCACCGAGAAGACCAACUAUGACAACAAGCACAAAGUCAAUCGACGUCGCCUGAGCUACGAGCGUGAAGAGGAGGAAAUCCAACGUGUGCCCAUCGCCCUGGCCAUGGUGAAAUUGCUGCAGAAGCUGCCGCAGGAGCUCUUGGACAACUGUCUGCCAGGCAUCUUCAUGAAGGUGUGCACUUUCCUGCGUUCGCCGUUGAAAUCCGUACGCAUGCUAACCCGUGAUAUACUGAAGAAGAUUAUGCUCACGCUGGGCGGCAGUUGGUUGGGUAUGUUGCUGGAACAGUUGCAAUCGCUGCUGACGCGCGGCUUCCAGGUGCAUGUGCUAUCGGUGACGUUGCAUGGCGUGCUCGACGCACUGCGUGGUCAGUUGCAGCCGGCUCACAUCGAAUCGUGCCUGCAGAAUCUGCUCGAAGUAGCUCUGAACGACAUCUUUGGCGAUGUGAGCGCUGAGAAGGAGGUGGAUAAGAUUGUCGCGCACACGCCCGAAGCGAAACCCAGUGCCAAGAGCUAUUUGACGUUGAAUAUCGCGGCGCGGCACAUACGCGACAAUUGUCUGUUGGAUCUGUUGCUGCCCUUCAAGGAGCAACUGGCACGCACACACUCCCGCCGAGUAACCCAGAAGAUACAGGAGUGCUUUGCCAAGAUUGUGGCCGGUUUGGUUGAGAAUACGCACAUAGCGAGAGAGAGUCUACUGAUCUUCAUCUACGGCACCAUGUCGGAGAGCAUUACGGAUCUGCUGCCGGGCACACAGAAGCGGCAGUUGAGCGCCAAGCAGCAGGCUCUAAUGCGUCGCUCGCGUCCCGAUUGCCUUCUGAUACAGCCGGCGCCUGGUCGUAGGAGCGUUACUACCGGAAAUAAACAGGUCAAGUCGAAUGCACAGGCGAAUGCGCACAUCCUUAUUGAAUUCGGACUGGAGCUGCUUCACUUUGUGCUCAAGCGCAAGAAGCUAACGGAUCUCGACUAUCAGCCCUUUCUGCAUCCCUUGCUGCCACUUUUGAGAGACGCCCUGAGCAGCAAUCAUGCCAGGACAACAACCUAUGCUCUAAAGUGCUACACGGCCAUCUGGAUGGGUGACUAUGAGCUGACAGAGCUGGACACUGAACAGCUCUGUCCGGUGGUCAAUCGCAUGUUUGAGAUCCUCAAGAACUUUUCCACAUUUGGUGCAACGCGGCAGGAGGAGAAUGCGCAGCUGGUGCGGGCUAGCUUCAAGGCUGUGGUGGCCCUGCUCCGCAAGUGUGAGGAUUAUACCUUGACUGAGGAGCAGAUCGAACAGCUACUGUUGCACAUUGAGCAGGAGCUGCAGGAAGGCGAGUGCAGCAGUCAAACUAUGUGCUUUACACUACUCAAAGCACUCGUUGGACGCAAGGUGGAUACGCGUUCGUUGCAUGAUCUGAUGAAGCGUCUGGCGGAUUUGUCCAUCAUUUCGCAGUCGGACCAUGUGCGGGAUGAGUCGCGUGGCAUCCUCAUCACAUACAUCAUGGAGUAUACGCUGCAGAAGCGCGUCGACCAGCUGCUGAAAUUCAUGUCCGUUCAGUUGGCUUAUACGCAGGCAGCUGGACGCCAAUCAGCUAUUCAAUUUAUGCACUCGCUCAUCAACAAGUUCCCGCUGCAAUUGCUGGCCAAGCACUCGGAGUUUUUAUACCUAUCGCUGGGCACGCGUCUGGUCAACGAUGAGGACACCGCCUGCCGUCGCACUGUGGCAGCUGCUCUGGAAGCGAUGCUUGGAAGGCUGAACAAGCUGCAGCGUCAGCCCCUCCUCGACCUCACCAUGCUCUUCUUCACCUCGCCGCAGUCCAGCCAGAAGCCGGGUGUACGUGAGUUGGCCUCUGUACUCCUCUCUCGAUUUGUUCAAGCAGAACGUGCUGGAUUUGCCGAAAGAUUGCACGUGGUGCUGCCCCCCCUUGUCAAUGUCCUAAAUCUAGGAGAUGCGGAUGCAGGUGGCAAAUUUGUUCGGGCUCCGGGACGCGAGCCUCUAGAAGUGGACGAGUCAAAUCUACCCAAGAAACGGCGACAUAAGCAAUCGAGUAGAGCAACGGAUGGGGAUCUGUUGCUGACCGAACUCGACACCGGAGCACUGAUGGAGCAACAGCAGCGCAACAUUGAUCAUCAGCUGAUACAGUUGCAGUAUUGCCUGUUGAAAAUCUUUGAGCAUUGCGGCGAGGCAGUCAUCACCGACCCGGAGCUGGCAUCCACAGUGGAUGAGCUGGCUUAUGGCAGUCAGCGUCUACUUGGCCACGAGCACAAUUGGGUUCGCUGCAAUGCAGCCAAGAUGCUGACACAGAUAUUGUUGCACUACGAUUACGCGUAUGUGGGUCAACAGUUGGUGGGCGUUAAACGAGAACAAUCAGAAGAUGUGAAGGAAUUAGAAUUUAUCUACGCACAGCCGGCACAAGACCUGAAAAGUCUGGUGUUGGACUUGUGCGCUCAGGUUAUUCCCGGUGAGACGGCCCAGGAAAUGAUUGAUGAGAUUGUCAAGCUGCUGCUUUUCGUUGCACACAUGCUGCGGGAUGUGCCCUUUAGCAUUAAACAGGAGCCGACGGACGCAGAACAAUCCGAACAGUUGCCACCUGCCAGCAAAAUAAAUCUCAAUUGGCUGGUGCGCAACAUACGCAUACUGAUAAACAAGGAGGUGUCCAAGGCACCGCAUGACACCACAAUUCGCACUGCUCUGUUUACACUCAUCGAAGGACUUUCCACACUGUUGAGCGUUGACGCAGUCGCACGCUUAGCUCCUUCUCUACUGCAGGCACUCGUGCGCGAGAUGUCCGAGGAGGAUCAGAAUGUCGAUCCGGAUCUACGCCAGCUCACAUUGCGUGUGGGCAGUCGACUACGGAAGCGCAUCGGUGCCGAGACCUACGACAAGCAGCGGAACGUUGUCCAGACCAAGCUGAUGGUUCGACGUGCCGAACGCCGCAAGACUGUUGCCCAGGAGAAGAUUCAUGAUCCGGUGCGAGCGGCCAAGCGCAAGGCUGGUAUGCAGGAGCGCAAGAAGGUGGCCAAGCGUCUGAAGACAGCUGUAGUCCGUGGCAAAGCACCCGACAUCAAACAGAAGCUCAAGAAACGCAAGCGCAAAGCAGAAAUGGAAGGAUUUUAAUUAGUUUUGAAUAAUUCUAUAUUUAUAAGCAUGACACUUUUGUAUAGUACUACACCUACUCUAUCAAGUACAUAAUGUAUAUCUUAACGUUGCAAUUAAUAAAUUGUUUAUUGAAUUGGUUAUCA